AUGAAGUAAAUUUAAAGUUAAUUUAAUCAUCAACUAAUAGGAAAGAUUCCCAAUCAAUUGAGUACAUAUUAUUUAUUAUUAAGGUAGUUCAUAUAGAAAAAUUAAUGAUCAUAUACUUGCUUAUUAAAAUAAAAUAUAAGUCAUAAAAGAUAAUAAUUAAUAUGACUUAAAUAUAAUUACUCCAGGAUAUUUAAAAUGCAAUAAAUUUUAAUAUAUGUUUAAUUGGAAAAUCAAUUUUAUUGAUAGUCAACUUUGCUAAUUUUCUAAAGAUGAAUUUUAUUAAAUUUAUUUAUACAAUUGUUUUCUUUUAGGAGAUUGUUAUAAAGCAAAUAGUUUAUCUUAUAUAUAAUAAAAAUAUAGACCUUUUGAAUCAUAUUUUGAUAUUAGGAAUGAGAACAGAAAUAAUAUAUUAUUAUAUGGAGAAAACAUGAAUGAAUUUAAUUAAUUUAAACUAUCAAAUUCAGUUCAAAAUGAAUUUACAGAUUUUAAUAGAAUUUAUGUUAAUAAAAGGAAUCCAUUUGUAUCAUUUUCUGUUUAUGAUAUAAUUAAUAGUAAUGAUAAGGCAAUAUCAUAUUUCUAGAAAUUGAUUUAAUAAAAAGCAUUUCAGAAUAUAGAUGAAGCAUUAUAAUAUUAUGGAGUAACUCUAAAUGAAAUAGAAGAAUUAAAUGUUCAUUAAUUAUUACAUUUAGAUAAACUAAUACCUGGAAAUGUACAAUCAUAUAGAUAGAAUUAUCAGAAUUUUCAUGAAUAUAUAGCUUUUAGUGCAUAUACUUUACAUAUAAAUUAAUUUCAUAGGAAUGUACCAAAUAUGGCAUUUAGCACUAAUGAAUGUGAAUAAUGUAAUUCAUAUAAUCCAGCAGAAUAUUGUACAUCACUCAAACCUAUUCAACCUUUAAAGUAACCUUAAUUAAUACCAAUUCAAUAAUUAUAAGAAUAUCCUUUAAAUUAUAAAACAUAUGAUAUUAUUUGCAUACUCUAUCAUUCAUUAAUAUGCUAAUUUAAAAUUUGGAGUCAUCAAGAUUCUGUUGAAAGCAUAUUAAAUUAUUAAGUGGUUGAAGAAUCUAUAGUUACUUCAUCAUCCAAUUUCAAAAGAAACUAUGAAAAUUUAGAAUUAUUGGGUGAUUCUGUUUUGAAAUAUGUAGUAACUGUAGAUAUCUUUAAAUAAUAUGAAUUAUUAGAUGAAGGAGAAAUGACAUCUUUACGUAGUCGUUUAAUAAUGAAUACCUUUUUGGCUUAAUUAUUUGAAUAAUUAGGUCUAGAAUAAUAUAUAAUCAAUUAGGAUUUGCAUUUCAAAUAAAUUAGGAAUCCAUUAGUCAAUGAUAUUAUAUCUAGUGAAAAUAAACAAUUAUAAAUUAGUCAAAAAGCAGAUAUUUAUGAAGCAAUUAUUGGUGGAGUUUUUGAAGUUACUCAAAGUCUAUAUGAAUAUAUUACUAUUUUGAGAAGAACAAACUUUCCUAUAUCCUUUUAUUAAGAUAUUCUCUAUGAUUUUCAGCCAAUACCAGAUUCAAUUGAACAGAUCGAUAUCAAAGAUUAUCAAUUUAAUAAUCCUCAAUUAUAUGAAAUUGCUAUUAAUCCAUUAUAAUAUGAUAGAUUAGAGUUUUUAGGGGAUGCUGCUAUUGAAUUACUUGUUAUAGCAUAUAUUUUUAGAAUGGCAAGGGAAAAACAAUUAAAAAAUUCAAAUUGGAUCUUAAAUCCAGGAGUAUUAUCAAAUUGGAAAUAAUUAUUAUUGGGUAAUAAAUUUAUGGGAGAAUAAACUAUUAAAAUGGGUUUAAAACCUCAUAUAGAUGAAAUACCUAAACUAUAUGGUGACAUAUUUGAAAGUGUUGCUGCUGCCAUUCUUCUUGAUAGUGGAUGGAAAGGAUUGAACCAAGUUUAUGGAAGUCUAUACAAGAAAUAUAUGGAUGAAAUUAUUGAAUAGUGA